GCGGUUCCUGGCAAUGCCCCUCACCCAAGCACUCACUAAGCCGGCAGUCGCGCGCGCAAGCAGCACGCAAAAGAACACUCGCCCUGCCACUAUUCUGUCUAGCCUCGUUCAUUGACGGACCAAAGGACAAGAUGGGGCGCGAAGAACAGGUCGAGGAGAGGGAGGUCCUCGAGUCAAUCUUCCCCGAUGAGAUCACAGACAUAUCCGAGACCGAGUUUCGCGUGUCGAUAACGCUGGACGUGCCGGGCGAGGACGACGGCGAGGCGGAGCCGCCCGUGCUGCUGCUGACGGUGCAGUACCCGGAGGAGUACCCGGACAAGCCGCCACGCCUCGACGUGGCGGCGCCGCAGAACUCGGCGUCGCAGCACCCGCUCUUCAGCGUGGCCGACGACAAGGUGCAGCUGCUGGCCGGGCUCGAGGACACGAUACAAGAGAACCUGGGCAUGGCCAUGGUGUUCACGCUCGUGUCGGCGCUCAAGGAGGCGGCCGAGCAGCUCAUCGUCGACCGCCGCGAGGUCAAUGAGCGCGCGGCCGAGGAGCGCGCCCUCGAGGCCGAGCGCGAGGAGAACAAGAAGUUCCACGGCGAGCCCGUCACGCCUGAGUCCUUUGCCCGGUGGCGCGAGGGCUUCUUCAAGGAGAUGGAGGAGGCCCGCGCCCGCGAGGAGGAGGAGCGCCUGGCCGAGCUUAAAAAGGCAAAGAUAAAAGAGCCCGUCAAGCUGACGGGAAAGCAACUAUGGCAGCAAGGCCUGGUCGGCAAGGUCGAGGAGGACGACGACGACGACGUGCCUGUCGCCGAGGUGGAGAAGCUCAAGGUCGCUGCGUAGAAGCCGUUACUGCUUUGCGAUGCCCUGCCAAGACGGUCUUCACUGUAAUAUAUUACUUGCCAUCCUGCCAUCAACAAAAAAUUCGAUGCCAUGGAUUCGGCACCAUCAUCACCCAUAUUUCCUUCGUCCUUGUUAGCUAUUGUGACAACGCAACGACAUGCCUUAUUUUUUUCCACA